AUGCCAAGAAAGGUUUCUACUGUAGGCAGCUUAGCCCAAGGCAACCAUGAACAACCAAAUCGUAACCCAUCUGAAAAGAAGAAAAGAACAACCAGGCCAGCAGGGUGUCCAGAUCCUAGUGCAGAGGUGGUGGCGCUACGACUGGAGGAUCCGCUUGCCACCGGUCGGUACAUUUGCACAGUGUGCGGCAAGGGCUUCCAGCGCGACCAGAAUCUGCAGCUCCACAUGCGCACUCAUAACAUCAACUACGAGCUCAAGAAGUCCGACCGCACCCCAGCGCGCCGCAAGAAAUCGGCUCAUAACAUCGAUGGAUUGAGAGUAGAGAAUGGCUCGGCCAUCGAUUUCUGUCUGGGUUCUUCCUUUUCCUUGAUGAAUUCGACAGAGAAAUCGGCUGGAUUUGGGUCGACAAAUCGUUCUUUGACAAACAUGUGUCUCUAUGGAACAGGGGAAAAGGCAUCUGUCCAAGCAAAUUCCAUAGCUAAAAAUGAUUUCUUGGAUAACACAUCGGCCACCCUAACUGAGACUGGGCAGAAGAGUAACCCUAGUAUCGCCAUCCCAAUGCUCGGAAGCUUAUCUUUCAUGAACAACAACAUAAGCCGGCAAUUCCAAGCUCUAGUGAUCUCCGGAUCCUCAUCCGGGUCAACCUUGCUGCAGAAGGCGGGGUUGAUGAAUUCCACCGCAAUCGCUCCCUUGCCCUCGUACUUCUCCGGUCUGGUGAUGAAGACGUCGACGAAUCUCUUCCAGACUCAGCAACAAGAGCAUAUGCUGCCGCCGACCCCCGAGCUAAGCUUCCUCACCUCACUUCCGAAUCUAAAAUCCGUGCCUGGAAACAUAAAUUCAUUCUCACAUCACACGCAGGAGAACGAUCACAGCAACCUGAGCAGGAGUGCCUUCUCGAUCUACCGCCCGGAAUACGGUGACAUUUCGUCGAACAACUCACCGGUGACUUCCUACUUCCGCAAUUUCGUGGAUAGCACCGACUCCUGCUUGACUAUGAUGAUAACCAUAACUCACCGCCCGUAA